UUUUUUUUUUUUUUUUUUUAAGAUUAUAUUGGAGUCCACGUCAUGGCGCAGCAGAAACCAAUCUGACUAGGAACCAUGAGGUUGCGGGUUCAAUCCCUGGUCUCACUCAGUCUGCUAAGGAUCCAGUGUUGCCGUGAGCUGUGGUGUAGGUCGCAGACAUGGCUUGUAUCUGGCGUUGCUGUGGCUGUGAGGUAGGCCAGUGGCUGCAGCUCUGAUUAGACCCCUAGCCUGGGAACCUCCAUAUGCUGCCAGUGUGGCCCUAAAAAAAGGACAAAAAACAAACAAACAAAAAAAGAUUAUGUGGAGUUCCCAUUGUGGCUCUGUGGUAACGAACCUGACUAGUAUCCAUGAAGAUGCGAGUUUGAUCCCUGGCCACACUCAAUGGGUUAAGGAUCUGGCAUUGCUGUGGCUGUGGCAUAGCCUGACAGCUGCAGCUCCAAUUCGACCCCUAGCUGAAAAUUUCCAUAUGCCAUGGGUGCAGCCCUAAAAUAAAUAAAUAAAUAAAUAAAUAAAUAAAAUAGAAUUUAAAAAAAUGAUUUUAGUUCACCUACUGUUUGCCCUCAACUCUUAUCACUGACUUAGGCAGCUUAGUUAUUCAUCAAUUGCCUCUGAUUGUUUUCAGCAAGCAGGCCCAGGGAAAAGCCUGUUCACUCUGGGAAACUCUGAAAGACAGCUAUGUAAGUAGGAUCUUCCAGGGAAACAACAGACAGUUCAAAGCAUGAUAAUUUUCUGGGAAUGGGGCUUUGAAGAAGCUCCAAACCCUUUAUCCAACCACUCCAAUGACUGCCAGUCUUCAGUUUUUACUGUGAUUGUAGGCUCUUGGUUUCCAAGGUUAUUCCAGAGCUGGGGAGGAAGAGGUGGAACCAGGGCAAGUUAAAAUGCCACAAAAUUCACUGUUCUUAUAAAAAUCCAGUUGUUUUUCUCCCACCCUGCUCGGCUCCUGAGAUCAGAUGAGAUCAGGCAGUCAGGGUGAUAUGACCAUACACGUAGAUGUUUUUCUUUUUUUGUUGUUUUUUGUUUUCCUUGAAUAAAUAUUCCUUGGGUUGCUGCAAGCCUUUGUUUAAUUUCCAGAGUUCUGAAAAAGUCUAUAUCAUUUUUCCAGUGUUUCUUAUUGCUUUGACAAAAGAGUUUUGGAAGGUCCUUAGUCCUUCCUCUAUAUUCUCUGAUAUCCCAGUUGGUUCUUUGAACUUUUUGUCAGUCAUACACUAAAAAUCAUGUAGUGAUUUAUCAUCAAAAUUUAUGUUUACUGGUCUAUUGGUAACAACUCAAUGAGAUCCUCAUUCAAAUCUUUGUAAACAAAGAAUUGGAAAGACUGCAGUUUACCAAAGAUUUCAGUACCAGUCAUUUAAUGUCAUUCACUUUUUCAACAACAAUAUUUCAUAUUUUUCCCUGGCUCAGCAGUAGUUUAUAUACCAUAAAACAACCUCCCAUUGUGAGACCUAAGAAGGUGAGAGGUAUGCCUUACUUUCAAAGUUGAGAAAGUCAUUCCUUCUCAUUUGACCUCUUUUCUGUGGACAGAGGUGUCCUCUUGGGUCUAGAGUCACGGUGUGGGAGGAAGGGUUGUAAUUCUCCCUAAAAUUUGUCCCAAAUCUCUCACAGACAUAAAGGACAUUUUAAUCCAUUUAAAAAGUCACUAAUUAUAGGUUGACCACUCCCAGAAAUCAUACCCUUAGCCCAAGGUUAUGCUCUUGCAAAUCUACCCAAUGUGACUCUUGCCAGACCAUUUUGCUGGCCUCUUCUUCCUCCUUCCAGAGUGAAGUGAGCAGUUUUGUUAACUAGUCAGCUACCCUAUUAUCCUUAGUCCUAUUGAAGAGGACCACCCAGGGCUUUGGUCGGCUUAUCCUUCCGGCUUCCCCAGCACCUGUAGUAAGUGACCUUGAGUGUGGCUCCUACACCUGAGAGAGGACCCUAAAACUGAGGAAAGUGAGCUAGAAGACUUCCAAAGCCUCUGGGAGAGUUCUCAUCCCAUGAGGUGGGUGUCUCCUUUCAACAUGAAAAUAAGAACACCAUUAAAGUCAUGUUCCUUUAGUCCCAGCUCCUUAUCCAUAGCUUUCUGCAGUUAGACACAUUUCAUGUGCAUUCUUAGAAGCAAAGUUACCCAAAGAUAAGAUUAUUUCUGGCUCUGUGGUAUUUUCACCUUCUUUUUCUUUUUUGAUUCCAAACUCUCCUCACAGUUUCAAUUCCUCUCCCCUAAUUUUGUUCUCCUUUCUGUUUCUAAUAGCCUUCAUUAUUUCAGGUUCUUCUCUCUGCUCUUAACUUUUUGUAUCUGAAAUUUAAGUAUUUAGAAACACUUUUGGGAGGGAGUGGGAAGUUCUCCAAAAGUGGGUACAGAGAGAAAAUGGUAAAGUUCAUCCCCUAUUGAAAUGAAAGCCCACAUUGGAUGAUGACAUUUUCCCAUCAGUAUGACUCUUCCUCUAAAGAAGAAGAUGGUAAUUUCACAGAUGGUAAUUUUUUUUCCAAACAGCAAACCAUGCAGAAAUGUUUAAAAUUAAUAAAUAGCCUGGAAUUCCCUGGCGGCCUAGUGGGUUAGGGAUCUGGCAUUGUCACUUCUGUGGCUCAGGUUUGAUGUCUGGCCCAGGAAGUUCUACAUGCUGCAGGCAUGGCCAAAUACAUAAAUAGCCAGUCAUUAUAAUUUAAAUCCUAAUACCACAAAAUAAUAUCACCAUGUUGAUGUUCAUACAUUCAAUGAAACACAUGCUCAUGUAUAAAUGUCAUUUAUACAUUUACUUAAAUGUUUCCCACUGUGCCUGAAAUAUAGCAGGCAUUCAUUAUUAUUUUUCAAAUGGAUGGAUGGAUGGAUGGAUAGAUGGAUGGAUGGAUAGAUGGAUGGAUGGAUGGAUGGACGGACACAGGAAUGGGCAAGUAAAUUUCCUCACAGUGAGGACUAGGCCUUGUAUGUCCUUGAAAUUAGCACACCCAUUAUAGCAUAAAGUGGGUACCAACUGCUCAAAGUAUAAAAGCUUUGCCAUGUUCCUGGACUUUCAACUUUGGUGAAUUCUGUUGUUAAACUUAGCCCAGAUUGUCGCAAAUCAGCCUCUGAUUAAAAUAGUUGGUUCAUAUUGGUUCAUCCUAACUUUUGUUCUUUUCCUCAAAUCCAAUUAUCGGAGCUGUCCACCUCAGUCACUGAAAACCAAGGUCCUUUAUUGUUCCAGACUCACUUCUCACUGUGCAGUCAGAAGUACUCUCUAUAACCUCCACCCCCUUAUCUCCACCUCACUGACUUGCCCCUCUGAGCACUGAAUUUCCCUAGCUUUAGUCUUUCUUUUCCAGUAUGGAUUUGAAGAGGAUCAGAAUAUAUCAGCCCCUAAUAUGCCACACUGGCAUUAAGAUUAUUUUUCGCUGAAGGCAAUUCAGACACAGCAGACAUAAGAGAAGGCUCUGCUUUCUUCCUUUUUGCCUAAUAACAGAGCAUAUAUUUCCCUUUGUACAGGUGUUCCCCUCUCCCAUACCAGGAAAAGGAAAGUGACUCUUCAUCAACUGAAGCCCACUUUUAACACCAGAGAUGAGAUGAGUCUGCAUAACAUAUUUAUUAAACAGCCUUCAUCUAGCAAACAUUUCCUAGUCUCCUUCCCACAAUUCACCACCCUAGGAGCCCAAAUUUCCCUAUCCUCUUUUGUCUAAUCAAUUCUCCAUAAAUUAUCACUCUCUGUUAAAAUAGUAUAUACCCCCAAGUCUAACCACUUCUUUAGGAUUUUCACUCAUUUUCUCUGAAACCCCAGGCAUUAUACAAGUGUUAAUUAACUUUGUAUGCCUCUUUUCCUGUUAAUCUGUGUUUUGUCAGUUUAGCUGUUAUUUAUAUUUCUUUCAUUUUGCCUAUUUUUGUCAUUUAUAUAAGUAAGCUCAGACUAUUUGUAUUUUUUACGAGGCUUUCUCAGUCAACAUUAUGUUUUUGAAAUGUAUCCAUAUGGAUGCAUGCAUCUAUAGGUCAUUCAUUUUCCUCCUUAGCCCCACACAUCAUGACUUCUCUCUCUAAGAUGAGUGUGAACUUUGGGAGCAAGGAACGUGUUUUCCAUAUUCUCUGCUCUCAAGGCAUUCUCUGUGGCAUCUGUGACUUGUACUUCGAGAUUGUUAGCUUUUUUAAUACCUAAAUCAGAGAAGAGAAGACUGAAGGGAAUGUACCAAGUGUUGAGAUUUUGUACCGAGCGUGGUGGCUACUCACUCUCCAGUCUCAUUGAUGCUUCAGCCAGAGAAAUGGCCCUAAGCUGCCCUGGAAGAGAUUUAAGUUGAAUAAUUACAUCUGGGCAUGUGUGGUGUGCUGUGUGCUAUGUCACUUCUCUGACAUGAAUUAUCCUAUGUAAUCCUCCAAACAAGCCAAAUAAGGAAGUGCAUUAGCUUGCUAGGGCUGCUAUUAAACAAAGCAUCCCAAGCUGGUGGCUGAAAUAACUGAAAUGCAUUGUUUCGCAGUUUUGGAGGUUAGAGUCUGAGAUUGAAGAGUCAGCAGGGUUGGUUCCUUCGGAGGGAGGUGAGGGAGACUGUCUUCCAUAGCUUCUGGUGGUUUGUUGGCAAUCUCUGGCAUUCCUUGGUUUUUAGAUCUCUGCCUUCACCCUCACACAGUGUUCUCCCUGUGUGCAUUUCUUUGUCCAAAUCUCCCUUUUUUAUAAGGACAGUUGGAUUUAGAGGGGCUCAGCUUAUUCAAGUGUGGCCUUUAUGUUAACGAUUUACAUCCGCAAUUAUCCUGUUUCUAAAUAAGGCCAUGUUCUAAGGUCCUAGGGAUUAGGACUUGGGGGGGAGAACAGAUAAUUAAAUCUAUAAGAAGAAAUUUUAUUUUCUCCAUUUAACCAUAAGCAAAUAGGCCUAGAAAGAUUACGCUAACUUGCCAAAGUGGAAUGGCUGGGGACCCUAGGGUUAAUACGGUAACCCGGUGGUUCUGAAGUGGGAGGAUAUGGUGCUGGUGCAAAUCUCCAAAAGCCACAGGGAUGCGUGGUGACCCAGGUCAUGUGUAGUCACUCCAUUAAGCUAUGAAAAGACAGGGAGGAAACUUACAUGCAUAUUACCAAGUGAAAAAAAGCCAGUCUGAAAAGUCUAUAUUCUAUAUGAUCCCAACUAUGACAUUUCUGGAACAAGCAAAACUAUGGAGACAGUAAAAAGACCAGGGGUUGCCAUGGAUUGCAGGAAGGAAGCAUAAAUAGGGGAAGCACAAAGGAUUUUUAGGGCAGAGAAACUACUUUGUAUGAGAUUAUAAGGAUGAAUUCAUGUCAUUAUGUAUUUGUCUAAGCCCAUGGAAUAUACACCAAGAAUAAAGCUUGGACUAAUGUAAACCUUUGACUCUGGAUGAUAAUGAUGCAUCAGUGUAGUUUCAACAGUUGUAACAAACGUACCACUCUGGUGGGGUGUUGAUAACGGGGGAGGCUUUAUGCACGUGAAGCAAAUCUCUGUUACCUCCUCUCAAUUUGCUGCAAACCUAAAACUGCUCUAAAAAAUUCUCCCAUAUAUAUAUUUACAUAUAUGUAUACACACACACUUUUUUUAAAAAAAUCCUACUUGAUAAAUAAAGUUGCCAGAAAUAAAUACUUCAGGCCAACAUCAGAGACCCAAGCCACCAUCAUCUCCGUUUGCAUUUUCUGAACUUCUGACCCCUGAGAUGUCUUAUAACACAAGUGAGAGAGCUAGGAAACCCCAAGUGACGUUGCAUAUCACUCAGAGAUUUGUGUUUGAACAGCCAUACAGAACGUAGCAUACCUGGGGAGUUUCUAUAUGGUGAUACCAACCACUGGUAUUCAUGUGACAACUCAGUGGUGGUUACUCCCCCCUCAGGAGGAACAGACUUCUAAGCAUAUUCUCCUUUCUUCUUUCUUCUUCUUCCUUUUUUUUUUGGUCUUGCCCAGGGCAUGCAGAAGUUCCUCCCAUCCCACCCCCCACCCCCCGCCCCUACCCAGAGAUUGAACCCAGGCCACAUCAGAGACCCAAGCCAUAGCAGUGACAACUUUGGAUCCUUAGUCCUAUUAAAAUGGAGCUUGUUUGACCCAAAUGAACUACUUAUUGACCAUAGAUUAAUUGAGCCAGUAAGAACCUAGAUGUGCAUUAAGGUUGAUUUAAGUGUUGGAAAGUUUCUAAUCCUCAAAUGCAGGCGUCUGCAAAAAAGAAAAAUGCAACUACUACUGAGUGAAAGAAAAGCUCUGUCCCUCCACAUGCCUGCCCGGGUCUACCAUAGUGACUUGCUUUCCUUUCAGAUAAAUUGUCAUUGAAGCAAAACCAAGAUAGGAGAAAUGUGACCCCCCCUCUCUUUCACCACUAUCCACUCUGUUUAAAUUCAUAAGUAGGAAGGUUUUCUCUUUUAAGAAAAUAUGAAAGUUGUUGGUCUGUAAUAGAAUUCACUGCACUCAGACCGAUACCUGUGCUCAGAUCCAACCAGAUUGGCAGCCCCCUUCCGAAAAACAUUGCUUCUCAGCGGCGAAAAUUACCCCACCUGGAAUGCACUCCUCAAAAGGCUCAGGAAGCCUAUUCAUAUGAAUGAAGCUGCUUUCUCGAGGGCAGAGGCGGAAGCUGCCCUCUCGGGCGCUUAGGCAACCCCGGGGGAAAGGAAACAGCCUCCGGGGGCGGUGUGGCUGCUGGGGCUGCCGGGGCUGUGGGGCUGCCUGGGCUGCGAUCGGCUGCGCUCGCUGACUGCUGUCCCCAAGAUGCAGGAUCUGGACCCUGAGGAGUUCCUGAUGGAUGAAGAGGAUGAUGUUUUUGGUGAAGGACUACCAGCCAGACUCCCAGAAAUCAUGUUGGUAGGAUCCCAGUCCUUCUCGCCUGGAGGGCCCAAUGGGAUUAUCAGAAGCCAGUCCUUCGCAGGGUUCAGCGGCCUUCAGGAGAGGCGAUCCAGAUGUAACUCCUUCAUUGAAAAUUCCUCCGCUCUCAAGAAGCCUCAGGCCAAACUGAAGAAAAUGCACAAUUUAGGACAUAAAAACAACAGCCCUCCCAAAGAGCCUCAGCCUAAAAGGGUGGAAGAGGUCUACAGGGCUUUGAAAAAUGGACUUGAUGAGUAUCUGGAGGUUCAUCAGACGGAGCUGGACAAGUUGACAGCUCAGUUAAAAGAUAUGAGAAGAAACUCUCGCCUGGGUGUGCUGUAUGACCUAGACAAGCAAAUUAAAACCAUUGAAAGAUACAUGAGACGCCUGGAGUUCCACAUUAGUAAGGUAGAUGAACUCUAUGAAGCUUAUUGUAUCCAAAGACGCCUGCAGGAUGGUGCCAGCAAAAUGAAGCUAGCCUUUGCCACCUCUCCCGCCAGCAGAGCUGCCCGGGAGAGCCUGUCGGAGAUCAACCGGAGUUACAAGGAGUACACGGAGAACAUGUGUGCCAUCGAAGCGGAGCUGGAGAAACAGCUGGGAGAGUUCUCCAUCAAGAUGAAAGGUCUGGCCGGUUUUGCUCGCCUCUGUCCCGGGGACCAAUAUGAAAUUUUCAUGAAGUACGGCCGACAGAGGUGGAAACUGAAAGGCAGAAUCGAAGUCAAUGGCAAACAGAGCUGGGAUGGAGAGGAAAUGGUGUUCCUGCCCUUGAUUGUUGGAUUGAUUUCCAUCAAGGUCACAGAACUCAAAGGGCUGGCAACUCACCUCCUGGUCGGCAGCGUGACCUGCGAGACCAAAGAGCUGUUUGCAGCCCGACCUCAGGUGGUGGCCGUGGACAUCAAUGACCUUGGCACCAUCAAACUCAACCUGGAAAUCACCUGGUAUCCUUUCGACGUGGAGGACAUGACCCCAUCUUCGGGGGCUGGGAACAAGGCGGCCGCCCUGCAGAGAAGAAUGUCCAUGUACAGCCAGGGCACCCCGGAAACGCCCACCUUCAAAGACCACGCCUUCUUUUCUAAUCUACCGGAUGACAUCUUUGAAAAUGGGAAGGCAGCCGAGGAGAAAAUGCCACUGUCCCUCAGCUUCAGCGACCUGCCCCACGGGGACAGCACCCUCCCCGCCAGCCCGGCCGGCUCUCUGCCCAGCGCGGGCUCGGCCAAUCCAGAAAUCACCGUCACCCCCGCCGAGCUGAACCCCGCCAGCCUGGCCUCCCAGCAGGAGGGCACCGAUGACUCCAGCUCGGCGCCUUCCGGCAGCUCCUUGGGCGAAGGGCCGGGGUCCCAGCCCCACGCGGAGGGAGGCACCGAGGUGCCCAAAAAAGCCGAGGCCUCCCGAGCGCCCGCGGGUGCCAGGCCGGAGCGCCUGUUCCUGGAGAAGGGCGUGGCGGAGGCCCUGCUGCACGAGUCCGAGGAGACCUCUGAACUCAAGCCUGUGGAGCUGGACGCUUUCGAAGGAAACAUCACGAAGCAGCUGGUGAAGAGGCUCACCUCGGCGGAGGUGCCAGCGGCCACCGAGAGGCUGCUCUCGGAGGGCUCGGUCAGCGGCGAGUCCGACGGCUGUAGAUCCUUCCUAGACGGAAGCUUAGAGGAUGCGUUUAAUGGGCUUUUCCUUGCGUUAGAACCACAUAAAGAGCAGUAUAAGGAGUUUCAGGAUCUGAACCAAGAAGUCAUGCACUUGGAUGAUAUUCUCAAAUGCAAGCCCGCAGUAAGCCGAAGCAGGUCUUCCAGUUUAAGUCUUACAGUUGAAAGUGCUUUAGAAAGCUUUGAUUUCCUGAACACCUCUGACUUUGACGAGGAGGAGGAGGAUGGUGAGGAGGUUUGUAAUGUUGGAGGAGGUGCUGACUCAGUAUUUUCAGACACUGAGACUGAGAAACACAGUUACAGAUCAGUACACCCAGAAGCCAGGGGGCAUCUCAGCGAAGCCCUGACUGAGGACACCGGAGUCGGGACAAGCGUGGCAGGAAGCCCUCUGCCACUGACCACAGGGAAUGAGAGCCUGGACCUCACCAUCGUCAGGCACCUGCAGUACUGCACCCAACUCGUCCAGCAAAUCGUUUUCUCAAGCAAAAUCCCCUUUGUGGCCAGAAACCUCUUGGAGAAGCUUUCCAGGCAAAUACAAGUGGUGGAGAAACUCUCGGCCGUCAGUGAUGAGAACAUAGGGAACAUCAGCUCUGUCAUCGAAGCCAUACCAGAAUUUCACAAAAAGCUGCCUUUGCUGUCCUUCUGGACCAAGUGCUGCAGCCCGAUUGGGGUCUACCACAGUUCAGCCGACAGAGUGAUUAAGCAACUGGAGGCCAGCUUUGCCAGAACUGUCAACAGAGACUAUCCAGGACUCGCAGACCCAGUGUUUCGAACCCUGGUGUCCCAAAUCCUGGACCGGGCUGAACCCCUGCUUACCUCCAGCCUCUCCUCCGAAGUCAUCACUGUUUUCCAGUAUUACAGUUACUUUACCAGCCACGGCGUGAGUGACCUGGAGAGUUACUUGAACCAGCUGGCCAAGCAAGUUUCCAUGGUUCAGACUCUGCAAUCACUAAGAGAUGAGAAACUGCUGCAGGCCAUGCGUGACCUGGCACCCAGCAGCCUUCCGGCCCAGCAGGAAAUACUCAGGACUCUGGCUCUGCUCUUAACCAGGGAUGACAGUGGAGUUAGUGAGGCUGUGAUGCUUUACUUGGCAGCAGCCUCCAGAAACGAGCAUUUCAGGGAAAAGGCCUUGCUCUAUUACUGUGAAGUGCUAACAAAGACUGACCUCCAGCUCCAGAAGGCAGCUUGCCUGGCACUGAAAAGCCUGAAGGCUACUGAAAGCAUUAAAAUGCUGGUGACACUGUGUCAGUCGGAUACUGAAGAAAUCAGAAAUGUGGCCUCAGAAACUCUCUUAUCUCUUGGAGAAGCUGGACGGCUGGCAUAUGAACAGCUGGACAAAUUUCCUCGAGACUGUGUUAAAGUUGGAGGUCGUCAUGCAAGUGAAGUUGCCACGGCCUUUUAAUUGAAAGUUAACUCUGCCCAACAGCUGUCUUAAUAAACGGCCCUGUUCACCACGAUGGUGCUGUGACUUAGCUGGAACCUGUGGAGGUUGUUUGGAAAUUUCCAUGUUAUAGAAGGAAUUCAACGUCCAGUUUCACAGUACUUAUCUUCUUUUCCUUUGGCCAAUAGAAUAGGGCUAUGUACAUUUCAGUAGAUUACAUCGUUGAGUGCGUCUGACAAUACUUAGUAAGAGUCACCUUAUCUAGUAUGUAUGGGAUUUUAAAACAGCCAUCUUUGUACUUUUUUGGAAGUUCUUCUAUAAGCUUGAAAUAGUCACGUGAUACUUUGAUUGAUGUCACAUGCCUUGCAGUUCCUCCGUCGUGUUCUCAGGGUUGAGUGGCCCCCUUAGCUACCUAAUUUUACCUUAAAUGCAAAGCACAUAAAAGGAUUUCUUCAAAUAAAAGUUUGCCUGAAGAACCUGGUAAAAGGACACACGGUAAGAGUUAAUUUUUUUUAUUUCAUUUUUUUCAAACCUCCACUAUUUCUUUUGCUUUUUUUAAUCCAUCCUGAAAAUUCUACAGAUAUGUUUCCAUUAUUGUUAAAAAGGUGGAUAAAUGACGAACUACCUUACUAAGAUUAUACCCAUACUCAUUUUUAAAAAGAUACUCAAAACAUAAGCUUUUUUAAAAAAAAAAAAACAGCCAUUUUUUAAUGAUAUUUUUACAAUAGAGGUAUUUUGCUGCUAAGACAGAUCAAAACCAAAAGUUUUCAGAAAACUGUGAUGGAUUCAGAAAGCUAUGAUGCUCCUUGAGACACAAGAACACAGAAGUUGGAGGAAUCCUAAUGGGGUAAAAGCAGAGGGUCAUUAAAAGUGGUCCUUGGGAGUUCCCUGGUGGUCUAGGGGUUAGGAUUUGGUGCUUUCACCACCUCAGCCAGGGUUCAAUCCUUGGUCUGGGAACUGAGAUCCCACAUCAAGCCGCUGCACACUGUGGCCAAAAAAAAAGGGGGGGGGUCCUUGCUUCAAUAAAAAUUUUAGGAAAAAUGCCCUGAAUGAUGGUUACUUCCCCAGAGAAGUCAUUCACCACUGGAUAGGAUCCCUCGGCCAAAUAGUUAAAACAAUAGUUCCCAUUAUUGCUUCUGUACCAGGGUAGCAAGUCUUUUAAAUAAAGUACAAGUCUAUUUAGUAGCUCUUAUUAAAUAACUUUUCUUCUUUUAAGAGUAUAUAAGUUGGGAUAUGCCAAGAUAUCAAACUAAUAAGUGUGAAUUUAAUUUAAAAUGUGCAACAUCAACUGUUCUCUGAAUGUGCUUCUAUAAAAUAUCAUUUAGAUGUCAUUUUAAACAUUUACAUUUUAGGAAAACCUUUAACAACAGCUCGUUUCAUUUUAAAGUGAGAAUCAUUUGUCAGGCUUCCUGGCAAAUUCUUUCAACUGUGAAGUUAUAAUGUAUAUGUAUAUUUGUAUAUUUAUAAAUAUUAUAUAUAUGCAUACAUCCUUCAUUUCAAAGGUACACUGUACAGUCUUUAGUUAGUAUGUAUAGUCUCUAAUCUGUUAAAUGGUUGAAAUGAUUCUCUUUAGUGAACAUCAAAUCGUAAAUGUUACAAAGUUGUUUGUUUUGGUUUUUUUAAUUUUUUGAAUAUUGCAUGAGUAAUUAAUUCCAUAUCUUUUGUAUUCACGUCUGCAUUUUAUUUUUGGUGGAAGGGGGUGCUUUUAGUUUUGUGGCAUUUAUAUUCAUCACUUUCAAUCAUGUAAGUUAAAAUAAAAAUUAUUUUUGAAUUACUAGUC